AUGGACCUAACUUGUCCGAUUUGUCUCAAUGUUUAUUUUAAACCUGUUAAACUCCCCUGCAGUCACACACUUUGUCAAAGCUGCCUCGAAAAGUCUUUAGAAAUUUCUACCCUUGCUUGUCCGAUCUGUCGUUGCCGACUGUCUGUCUGGAAACGCAGAUUGAAAGACACCUCUGCCUGCAUUGACAAAAGUCGUGAAACGGAAAUCGAACAUUUGUUUCCUAAAUAUUAUUCUGCCAGAAUUGAAGCGUUUUACGCGAAGUUGGUGGUAAGUGUAGAUGCUGAAAUUAUUUUACACUCGAUGUCCACUGUAGAGUCGAAUGAAAAUAUCGUGCGACUAGCUACACCCGGUUCAAUUAAAUCAGAGUUUGAUGAUGCCUUCAAAAGACUUAAUAGGAAUCGCCUUCUUGAGGCUAAUCUUCAGGAAGAAGCUAAUUUAGCUCUUUCUAGGCACAUUUUGCUUGAAAGUAGUAUUGACAACAAUUCAUCCGAUGACGAGCCAAUAGUGAGUCAUGUCAUGUUCAUUUUAUUUGCCACUUAG